CAUGGUUAUCAGUCGAAGUAAGUAGGCUAGCUCAGAGCAUUUUUGAACUGGAAAGAUCCUUGGUGAAACUAGCUCGAAUCGCAGACUGCAACUACGACAAACUUGUGCAAAGGUUCAACAAAGCUACGAGGCAACUUGCUUUUUAGUCAAAACUAACAGACCCUAGUCGUGUUCGGGUUUGGAAAUCGCACAUAGUGGUGGCUUGUCUGGCAAUGCUUUCACGAUAAUGACGUCCACUCAAACUUCAGGUGCACCGCAUGCUGUUCAGGGCCUGGGACAGCCACCAGAGCCGCUCUUGCAGACGGCUGGCUUACCAUUCUUGCCGGGCAAUUCGUUCAAAGACCCGACGAAAGCACGUUACCAUGUCGACCAGACGCUGUCCUAUCGCAACGGGUAUGCGCUGCCGAAAGUGCGCCCGAACUGCGGCAUCGGCGGCGAUGAUAUUCCAUUCAACCAAUUGACUCCAGCUGAGCUGGAUGAGCUGGCCAGGCUGAGGCCAACGCUAACGUACGGAGAAACCAAACCACCGCAGCCAGUCACGUUCGUUCCGGCGCACGUGGCAUUUGACAAGAAGGUGCUCUUGUACAAUGCCUACUUCCAGGAAACGGUGCACGAAUCUGCUCAGGAGUACUACCGGGUGCGAAUCGUCAAGAUCUACUAUUACCUGGAAGACGGUUCCAUUUCCGUGACAGAACCCAUAGUAGAAAACAGUGGCAUUCCGCAAGGGAAGCUGAUCAAACGCCAGCGCUUGCCCAAAGAUAUGCAGGGUGGGUAUUGGCACUGGAAGGACCUCAACCUUCGAAUGGAUGUCAACUUCUACGGCAGAAUGUUUCACGUCUACGACUGUGACCACUAUACGCGGAACUAUCUGGAGAGCCAAGGUAUUGUCGUAGAGGCCGCGGAGGACCCGCCGUCCGAUCCCUACAUGCAAACCAGAAUUCCUCUCACUUACUCACACGUCACGCAGCCGGACUUCGACAAGUUGCGGCAGUUCAUGACGAUGGACCGAAAAGUUCUGCGGUUCCAUGCAAUCUGGGACGAUCGCGGUGAAAUGUUCGGUGACGCGCGUCACUUUAUAAUUCACUACUACUUGGUCGAUGACACGCUGGAGGUGAGAGAAGUUCGGAAACAGAACGAUGGCUAUGACCCGUUCCCAGCGCUCAUCGGCAGGGCCAAGAUAGCCAAGAACCCAUUCGAUGUCAACCGGGACUUUCCAACCAUUACCAUGGAGCUGUCCGACUAUGAAGUGAAGGAGUACUUCACACCGGCCGAUUUCCGCAUUGGUGAUACUGUCAAGAUCAAUGGCCGCUCAUUCCUUCUGUACAGCUGUGAUGAGUUCACGAAGGAUUACUACAGGAAACACUUUGGCAUCACGGACUUUGAGCCACUUGAUGUGGAGACACCAUCCACAAGAGGACCGGGACAAACGGAGCGAUCAUUCCCACCACAUACUGGCAUUGGUGCACUGGACGACACUAGAGAGAAUUGCCUGCACCUGAUCCCGCAACCGCCGAAGACCGACGUCGUGAAGUUCUUGGAGCGAGACGGUCAAGUCCUCUGCUACCUGGCAAGACUGGAAUCACGUCAUCCAGAGGAUGAGCGUCGGCGUUUCAUUAUCUAUUACCACCUGAACAAUGAUACCAUCUCCAUCGACGAGCCUGUCCAGCGGAAUUCUGGCAUUCUCGGUGGCAAGUUCCUACGCAGAACACGCGUUCCAAAGAAAGGUCAGCCUUUCGUCAAGGCGGGCAUUGUCGAUCACCCCGAGUACUACACCGCAGCUGAUUUCGCCAUCGGUGCCCAGAUAGAGAUUUUCAAGCACCGCUUCAUCUUGCUGGACGCAGCAGGCUGUGUGCUGGAGUUUGUCAAGGCGCUGUGGGGCGACGGCGUGCCAGAGGAGACCAUUGCCUCACUGGAGGUAUCUCAGGAGCAAAAGAUGACCAAGGCACGGCGUCAGGACGAUGACUGAGCUGCCCAGUGUACACGCUGAUCAGCUCACCGCGUUGACUAAAUCAAUAGUGCUGCAAAGAUGCAGCAGCAGCACGGAGAGCAGUGGUGUGCGUGGCACCAGUUGUCCGCUGGCUCGUACAAUCAUACCCCCUACCUGCUGGCUCGUACAAUCAUACCCCCCUGCCUGCUGGCUCGUACAGUCAUACCCCCUACCUGCUGGCUCGUACAAUCAUACCCCCCUACCUGUUCAUAGUCCACACAAUCAUGACAAUGACGUUCUCAUUCUAGAGGCACAUGUGUAUAGCAGCAGUGUGCGCCACGCCGUGUUCUCAUACAGAUGAUUUGACAAAGGAAUUGAAAGCGACGAUGGUGGCAUGUGUAUGUGUUGUUUAAAACAGUGUAGGUGGCUUGUCAACAUGCAUACCAAUACUGUCUUGUUACAGCACUGUCCUCCUACCAGGCAGGCCAUUUGCGAUUAGUGAAUUAACCUAGCCAGCCAGCCCCCACCACUGUAAAACUCCACCCUGUUGAUACUAAGUGAAAUAGCAAUUCAAUCAAUGAAUUAUGUCAGAAGGAAGGUGUUACACGUACAUGUACACGACGGUUGUUGUAAAAUAUCUUUAUCACUGCUGUAGCGUUCACAGAUUUUUGGUUGAAAAAUAAAAGUACUUUUACGCAUGGGCGUCAUGUA